AGAGAGAGGCGGAGACAGGAGUCGAGGAAGAAGUACAGGUGUUCGGCAAACACACUUCCAGCGUCACACCGGGACAGGAAUUAUAAAAAUAUAGAUCCCAUAUUCGCAGGACAAACAGCUCGGACCUAUCUCACGGAGACUUAUCAAGAAGAAGUUUUGGGGUUCAGACAGGAGUUGUGAUUCGUUGGAAAGUCCUGCGUCGAUGUCGCUGGAGGUUUGAAUACCGUCAUGGAGCAGUUGUUUCGAGGCGCGAGUGGUUAAAGAAAGAGCAGACAACAUCAAGGAGACUAAUUCAUUUUGAUUAACGGCAGGUCGGCCGGGUCAUGCUGAUGGACCAGGACACUCAGUGGCUGUACCAACUCCUGACCGAGGUCCAGUUGGAGAAGUUCUACCUGCGGGUCAGAGAUGGCCUCAACAUCACCCGCGUGGAGCACUUCGCCUACGUCAAAGAAUCCGACCUGGAGCAGAUAGGAAUCAGUAAACCUGCACAAAGAAGACUAUGGGAGGCUCUGAAACGUUACAAGACGAGCUCACGCGCGCGGUCAUGGAUCCCCAAGGUGUUGAGCAGCCGGAGUCAGGAUGCUGGUGAGCAGUGGACUGGUCAGGCCCAGGAGACCAGGGCUCUUCCUUGUCUGAUCCAAGACACUGAGCUUAAUCUGGGCGAGAAGUUGGGCUCCGGGUCCUUUGGGGUGGUGAAGAGGGGAGAGUGGCACACGCCUACGGGGAGAGUGCUGCCCGUCGCGGUGAAGUCGCUGAAGAGCAGCAUGUCGCGGCAGACGGACACGCUGGCGGACUUCCUCCAAGAAGUGAGCACCAUGCAGUCCCUGGACCACCCCAACAUCAUACGGCUCUACGGCGUCGUGCUAACACACCCGCUGAAGAUGGUGACAGAGCUGGCGCCUUUGGGCUCGCUGUAUGACACCCUGCGCUCACGUCAAUAUGAGUACCCCCUGGCACGCCUAUGGCUCUUCGCCACCCAGAUUGUGUCGGGCAUGGAGUACCUGGAGUCCAGGAGGUUCAUCCACAGGGACCUGGCCGCAAGGAACGUGCUGCUGGCGUCCAAGGAUAUGGUGAAGAUCGGAGACUUCGGCCUGAUGAGAGGCCUGAGCCAAGAGACCGACCACUACGUCAUGACGGCACACAGGAGGAUCCCGUUUGCAUGGUGUGCUCCAGAGAGCCUACGCAUCGGCUCCUUCUCCCACCUGUCAGACGUCUGGAUGUUUGGCGUGACGCUGUGGGAGAUGUUCACCUACUGCGAGGAACCCUGGUUCGGUCUGUCGGGUCGUCAGAUUUUGUGGCGCGUGGAGCGGGAGGGAGAGCGCCUGGAGAAGCCGCAGGAUUGCCCCCAGGAGCUUUACGCCGUCAUGAGGAAGUGCUGGGCCUGCAGUCCCGCCGACAGGCCCAGCUUCGCCAAGCUCAGCACCAUGGUGGCAGAGGCCAAACCAAUGGAGGUGCAGGCAACGAGAGACUUCGCCGAGUCCAGAAAGCUCGCACUCGCGGCCAACGACCUUGUGACCGUCAUAGACCACGGUCUGGAGUUGACUGAGUGGCGAGGUCAGAACCAGAGGACUCUCGGCGUCGGCUGGUUUCCCGCGACCCUCAUCAUGCCGCCGCUCCCCUCUGCUGCUGCCAUAGCCGCCGCCACUGCCGCUGUCGCCGCGGCCGCAUCCAGCAACCCCGGACCCAACCCAGUCCCCGGCUCGGCCCUCAUCUCGCCCCCGCUGAAGGGCAGUCUGCAGCACACCGGGCACGGAGACAUCAAGCCUGACCGCUGCUGGGGAACUCCUGAGAGCCUGGAAGACAGCGGCAACUGGAGGCCAGGCCCUGGCAGAGAGAAGGAGGGGUCCAAUCUGCAGAAAAUGGCAGGUAUGUCUCGGAGCCUGGAGUCAGUGUUGGGUGGCCAACGGCCCCGGGCUAACACAGUCGGGGUUGUGAGAGUUGACCAGCACGGCAGACUCCUGCCUCCUGCGUUGGAAGCUCAAAGCGUGGUGGUGCAGGAUCCCCGGCGGUUCAGCGAGGCCGGCCUCGUUGCCCCACUUCGCCCGCCGCCCCCGAACCUGAAGCGCUUGAUGAUGAUAAAGACUCAGAGGAAGCAAGCAGCUCAGCCGCCGCCGGGCUCCUCGUGGCCUCCGCAGGCGGUCCUGCCCCCUACGACGCAGAUGCAGCCUCAGCCCCAGCCCCAGCCCCUCCCGCCGAAUCAACAAGCCAUCGUGAGCUCGAACCUGCCGAAAGCGACCCAGCUGGCGCGCUCCACCCCGCAGCUGGACGAACACACAGACAACAGGGAGAGAGACCGAGAGCGAAUGAGGGAUCGGGAGAAGGCGCCCAACGCACAGAGCGUGAGAGACACUCUCACCACACAGAUCAUGGAGGCUGUACACGGAGUGACCAUCGAAGAGGUUCAUGCUGCACUUCAACGUAAUGACUGGAACCCAGUGAGGGCUGAGCAACAACUCAAGUUGGAGCAGCUGUACUCGCUGAGCCUCUGCUCCAGAGAGGACUGCGUGAGGAUCCUCACCAAAUACCAGUGGAACCUGCAGCUGGCCAGCCGCUACCUGUUCCGAAUGUCUCGGGAGGACAGGGCCUGAUGGACCCGUUGGUCCGCGCAGAGAGGCGAGCCUGAAGACACUUUAGUCGGCUUCGUCUGGAGCAUCAGCGCAACAAUAACAACUGUCACUGGCUGCUUUUAAACGGGAGCGGCCCGCACACACGAGAAGAAGAAGAAUGAACACAAACUUGAAUAAUAUUUCUGAAACUUCAGCAAAACGCUCCCACGCUCUGUUUGUAUAUUUCAAAUCAGCACACGUUUUUUUUUUUUUUGCAGAUAGUUUUUUUUUUUGUUUUUUUUGUAUCUUAAUGAAUUUGUAUAUAUUGUAUUAGAAAGGAUUGUUGAAUAAAGAUGAUCUGCCAUGUGA